AUGUUCGACUUUGAGACCCUAAACAGAGCGCGCAUCGCGCACGGCGUGCUUAUGUCGCUUGCUGUUUUUCUCUUUUCAAUAGGGGCUGUUUUGCUUCGUCUACUCAAAGGCCCGGUUAAUGUCAAAGUCCAUAUUGUCCUGCAAUCCUUUGGCGUUACGAUCCUGAUCGGGGGCUUCGGACUUGGUCUCUGGGUGCAAGAAGGCAUGUUCAUUGAGUGGAGCGACUUUCACCAAAGACUUGGCCUUGCCCUCUUUACGCUGACCAUGUGCAUGCCACUGGCAGGAGCCUUCAGUCACUGGCAUUUUCGCAGAAACGGCAGGAAGACGAUAGUUGGAUACCUUCAUGUCUGGAUUGGUCGAGUCUUAAUAAUAACCAAUCUCAUCAAUGGUGGGUUGGGUCUCAGGCUGGCGGAAGCAAACCACGCAGGCGAGAUUGUAUAUGCGGCCUUGACUGUUACCGUGGCUCUUUCAUACUUCUGCAUGCUAGCCUGGUGGUACUUUUGGCGAGGAAGGACUUGCAAAUUAGUCCAUGGUAAUGCUCUUGGUGGAGUCGAAUUAGUUCAGGCAGGUAUAGAAAACAACUAA